AUGGCCAUUUGUCAGUUCUUCCUUCAAGGCCGGUGCCGCUUUGGAGAUCGGUGCUGGAAUGAGCAUCCUCGUGCCAGGAGUGCAGGCGGGGCGCGGAAGCAACCUCAGCAGCAGGCCUCAGGUAGUACCAGACAGUGGAAUGACGGUAAUCAGAGAUCCUCCAGUGUGAUCCAGCCAUCCAGUUUCUCCAAGUCUCCGCCAUUAGGGGGCAGCAGAGAGCAAGUGAAUCCAUCAGGCAGCACUCUUGGUUCUGGAACUUCAUCUAGCAGCAGUGGAGAUUUGAGAUUAUCUCAGAGCUCACUUACUUCACUUAACUCUGAUGAGCAGAAAGAUGAAAAGAAACUUAUAAAAGGAACUAUAAAAGAUAUGGAGGUUUGGGAAUCAUCAGGACAGUGGAUGUUUUCUGUUUAUUCUCCAGUGAAAAACAAGCCUAAUGUUUCAGGCGUAUGUCACUAUGAAAUUCCUGACAAAGACGUCAAAAAACUAUUACUAAGUUUUCUUAAUGAAAUAAAGGAAAACACGGGAAACUUUUUAGAAGAAUUCAGGAAAACAAUACAAGAACAAAAUGAAAAAUUCAUUAAAGAGAUCAUUUAG